AUGACGCUCCUCCUGAGCGCAGUCGCUGCUGCUCUGCCAGCAGCCUCUACCAAACGUGAUGCUCCCAAUCUGCCUUUCUCGACCAAAGGGAGGGACAUCUUGGACAGCAAUGGAGACAUAUUUCACUACAAAGGCACCAAUUGGCCCGGUCACCAGGAGAUCAUGAUUCCAGAAGGCCUUCAACAUGCCUCCGUUGCCGAGAUCGUGGCUUGGAUCCCCAAGUUUGGACUCAAUUCAGUGCGGAUGACCUUUGCGAUAGAGAUGAUCGACGACAUUUACAGUAACAAUACCAGUCAAACUCUCGAGAAAUCUGUCGUCAACGCUCUGGGACAGGAAAACGGAACGCUGGUGUUGGAGCAGAUCUUGGAGAACAAUCCGCAGUUCACCAACGAGACCACUAGGUUGGAAGUCUGGGACGCUGUAGCGAAGGAACUGGCAGACCAAGGGGUGAUUCUGCAUCUUGACAACCAUGUGUCGAAAGCUUUCUGGUGCUGUGGCGAUGAUGACGGGAACGGUUGGUUUGGUGAGAAAUACUUCAAUGUGGACAACUGGAUUCGCGGAUGGUCUUUCAUCUCGAGCCACGCGAGAGAGAAUUGGCCAACAUUCGCAUCAGUCGGACUUCGUAAUGAGCUCCGCAAGGCAACCACUUCCGAACCAGUGGACUGGUACACGUGGUACGUCCAUAUGACAGCGGCCGCGGAUGCUGUUCAUGAGGCUGCACCCGAUGCUCUAAUCUUUUUCUCCGGGCUGAGCUACGACACAUAUAUCGACCCGAUACCUCUGGGGAAGACAUUGAACGGUACUGCUGGAACCGCGACCGCGAAUAAGACCGCGACAUUUGUGCCGAGCAACUUCGCUUGGGAAGACAAGAUUGUGCUCGAGCUCCACAAAUACGACUUCGAGGUGACUCAAAACAGUUGCCCUACGUUCAAGGCAAAUUGGUAUAAGCAGGGUUUCCAGGCCGUAAAUGCCUCCGAUCCCGCUACACAAUACCUGUUCCCAGUUGCAAUCACCGAAUGGGGCUUCAUCCAAAAUGGAACGUACUGGAACCAGACAACGUACAACAAGUGUUUGAUCGAGAUGGUAGAAGAUUAUCGAGUGAGUUGGAUGCAGUGGGAGAUCUCGGGUAGCUUCUAUCUGCAAACGAGACCGAACCGUACGCCGAACACGAUACAAGGCCCGGAAGAGUUUUGGGGCCUGCUGAACUACAAGUGGGACGCAGUUCGCGACCCUGUAACUGUCGAGAACAGCUUGGAUAAGAUGAUCGCGGCUCUAGAUUAA